AUGGACAAAAUGUCUUUGACUAAGCAAUUUGCUGACACACUCGAAUGUCCGGUGUGCAUGAGUGUUUACACGCCACCAGUCUAUUUAUGCAGCUCAGGCCACAGCAUCUGUUCUCUUUGCUCCUCAAUUACACAAAAUUGUCCUUUCUGCAAUAGCUCAAUAUCAAACAAGACCAGGAAUAUUGUGAUUGAAAAUAUGCUAGACCAAAUUUUAGUCCCGUGCAAAUUCGAAGGCUGUGGGGAAAUGAUUUCUCUGCUAAAUAUGCCUCAGCACUGUAAAACUUGUUCAUAUAACAACUUUAUUAAAUGCCUGGAAUGUAAAAGCAAUGAAGAAGAUCUCAUUGACCAUUUAAUAAGGAAACAUGAGUAUAAAGAAAUCAUCAUGGACGAGGAAGGAGGGUUGCGGUCGUUCUCUGGACCUAUUGAUUCAUGAUAUGGAAAUACAGAUUGGCCCAAAGGGAUUUGAAGGAUUGGGCAUGACCCUUUUAUUGUCCUCGCCAAGUGUUUCGCGAACAUGUUUCAUGUGUAUUUGUAUAGAAUUUCAAGAAAUCCUAUAAGGAUUUCUAUGAGAAUAGAAGGACCUGGGUAUUUAGCAAAGUUCAAAGGAAUUGUCCCACAUAUAUCAGAUUAUGAAGAAAGAAGCUUGAAGCCUCAUUUUAACUGUUAUAAUAAAGUUUUGCUGAAAAAUUUUGUGAAGGUGCAUGAUGAAGAUGAAGAAAUUUUGAGGCUCUGGAUCAGAGUCAUUAAAAAAGUUGACCGUAGUAAAACUGAAUUAAUUGGAUAG